UCCAUGGCAUCUGAAGAGUCUCGGUGGUCUUAGGAGCCUCUGCAAUCUCACCAGGUCUCAGAAUCCCACCUCUAGCUUCCUCCUCUGGCUCUCUCUAUGGGAGAAGCAGAGGAGGCGUGAAACAAUCCGACAGAUGCACAACAGCAGCCAGCAGUUGGCAGGCACACCCCAAAUGUACAUUGAAUGCAGCCACGAUCGCAGCAUCUGAAGAACUUCCCACGUGCUCCCUUGAGACCUGACACGCAUUGCAAACCUGGAUCUCCAGCUUUGGAAAUGCAACCCCUGUGGCAUGCUGCCAGGAUCCGGGUCCCUGGAUACAGCUUCUUGGCCUACAUCAUGGAGCUUGGAGGGGCCUUCACCAUCUUUCUGGCCCUCUGCUUGUCGUGUCUGCUCAUCCUCGUUGCCUGGAAACGGACUAACAAGGGAGGAAAGCUGCCCCCUGGUCCCACACCUCUGCCUUUUUUGGGGAACCUGCUCCAAGUCCGCACAGAUGCCACCUAUCAGUCUCUCAUGAAGCUCAGCAAGAAAUAUGGCCCAGUGUUCACCGUGUACCUGGGUCCCCGGCCAGUGGUUGUUUUAUGUGGACAUGAAGCAGUGAAGGAGGCCCUGGUAGACCGAGCAGAUGAAUUCAGUGGCCGUGGAGAAAUGGCUUCCUUAGAGCGAAACUUCCAAGGUCACGGUGUAGCGUUGGCCAACGGUGAACGAUGGAGGAUUCUCCGCCGCUUCUCCCUCACCAUCCUUCGGGACUUCGGGAUGGGGAAGCGGAGCAUUGAGAUGCGGAUCCAGGAGGAGGCCGGCUUCCUAAUGGAGGAAUUUCGGAAGACCAAGGGUGCCCCCAUUGAUCCCACCUUCUUCCUGAGCCGCACCGUCUCCAACGUCAUCAGUUCUGUUGUCUUCGGAAGCCGCUUCGACUAUGAGGACAAGCAGUUCCUGAGCCUGCUGAGGCUUAUCAAUGAGAGUUUCAUCGAGAUGAGCACAUCUUGGGCACAGCUCUACGACAUGUACUCCAUAGUCAUGCAGUACCUGCCAGGAAGACACAAUCACAUUUACUAUCUGAUAGAGGAGCUCAAGGACUUCGUUGCCUCCAGGGUCAAGAUCAAUGAAGCAUCCCUUGACCCCCAAAAUCCUCGGGACUUCAUUGACUGCUUCCUCAUCAAGAUGCACCAGGAUAAAAAUAACCCCCACACGGAAUUCAACCUUAAGAACUUGGUCCUCACCACCCUCAACCUCUUCUUUGCUGGCACGGAGACCGUGAGCUCCACCCUCCGCUACGGAUUCCUGCUGCUGAUGAAGCAUCCUGAGGUGGAAGCCAAGAUCCAUGAAGAGAUCAAUCAGGUGAUUGGACCUCACCGGAUCCCAAGGGUAGAUGACCGGGUCAAAAUGCCCUACACUGACGCUGUGAUCCACGAGAUACAGAGAUUGACAGAUAUCGUGCCUAUGGGUGUCCCCCACAACGUUAUCCAGGACACUCCUUUCCGAGGCUACCUUCUGCCCAAGGGCACUGACGUGUAUCCCCUGCUUGGCUCAGUCCUCAAAGAUCCUAAAUACUUCCGCUACCCUGAUGCCUUCUACCCACCACACUUCCUGGAUGAGCAGGGCCGUUUCAAGAAGAAUGAAGCCUUCGUGCCUUUUUCCUCUGGAAAGCGCAUCUGCCUGGGAGAGGCCAUGGCCCGCAUGGAACUCUUUCUCUACUUCACCUUCGUCCUGCAGAACUUCUCCCUGCGCCCGCUGGUGCCGCCGGCGGACAUCGACAUCACCCCCAUGAUCUCCGGCUUCGGCAACAUCCCCCCGGCCUAUAAGCUCUGCCUCGUGGCCCACUGAGCGCCUCUGCCGCGCGGAGGGAACCGAGAGGGGCCCGUGUUCUGCCCACGCACGCAAGCACACACAGCACUGCCGCUCCCUAAAUCCUCGCAGAGCCCUGAGACAGGCGCCAUCAUUUCUGCCGUAGACUAGAGAUGCGCUAGGAGCACCCUGGAAAUACAGAGCUGUAUAGCGUCCACAUUUGGUAGGAAAGAAAUUCCCUGUUGAAGAGAUCUGCAAAAUCCUGGAGGAUUCUGCUGGGUUUUCUGCCUCCCACACAUUCUUGCUGUUUGUCCUAUUUCUUUAUGUUGUCCCUUCGUGGCCGCCUUGAUUAUUACCCCACGUGGGGCACAAUCCUUUUUCCGCAAAAAAACAAAAAAAGCAACCAGGAAUUCAAA